CUCCGUCGCAGUACUCGAGGACGUAGGUGGCGGUAGUCUGCCAUAUUGUCUCUGAUACAGCAGAAAUCACACACUGGCACAGGCACACACCGGCGACGGAGGCAGGCGAGGACCGUUGGCUUGACGAAACUCAGCUAACGGGGAAGCAUUGCGGUUGUGGAAUUGAUCUAGGGGCUAUCCCACCGAGCCCCUGGCGGCCCCUCCCCCCGUCCUCAGGUAGAGCCCUCCCUACCCCCUGCCCUGUUGGGAUAAACCCCCCUCAUCCCCUACCUUCCCUCCUCUUCCUCCCUCCCUCCCACCCACCCGUCCUCCCUGUACUCCAUCAGUCCUCCGCUGCAGUAAGGUUUUCCAACCACCUCUGCCAAGCUGUCGGACAUGUCAGGACCCGUGCCGAGCCGGGCCCGAGUGUACACCGAGGUCAACACUCACCGGCCCAGGGAGUACUGGGACUACGAGUCCCACGUGGUUGAGUGGGGAAAUCAGGAUGAUUUUCAAUUGGUGCGUAAACUGGGGCGUGGCAAGUACAGCGAAGUCUUCGAGGCAAUCAACAUCACCAAUAAUGAGAAGGUGGUGGUGAAGAUACUCAAGCCUGUGAAGAAAAAGAAAAUUAAGCGUGAGAUCAAGAUUUUGGAGAACCUACGCGGAGGCCCCAACAUAAUCUCCCUCAUCGAUAUAGUGAAAGACCCUGUGUCCCGAACGCCUGCCUUGGUCUUUGAGCAUGUUAACAACACAGACUUCAAGCAACUGUACCAGACCCUGACAGACUACGACAUCCGGUUCUACAUGUACGAGAUCCUCAAGGCCCUGGACUACUGCCACAGCAUGGGGAUCAUGCACAGAGAUGUGAAACCACAUAACGUGAUGAUUGAUCAUGAGCAUCGUAAGUUGCGUCUUAUUGACUGGGGUCUGGCCGAGUUUUACCACCCGGGACAGGAGUACAACGUCAGAGUCGCCUCCCGCUACUUCAAAGGACCUGAGCUCCUGGUGGACUAUCAGAUGUACGACUACAGUCUGGACAUGUGGAGCUUGGGCUGUAUGUUGGCGAGUAUGAUCUUCAGGAAGGAGCCCUUCUUCCAUGGCCAUGACAACUAUGACCAGUUGGUGAGAAUAGCCAAGGUCCUGGGGACUGAAGACCUCUACGACUACAUCGACAAGUACAAUAUUGAGCUGGAACCUCGCUUCAACGACAUUCUGGGAAGGCAUUCUCGUAAGCGGUGGGAGCGGUUUGUCCACAGCGAGAACCAGCACCUGGUCAGCCCCGAGGCGUUGGAUUUCCUGGACAAGCUGCUGCGCUACGACCACCAGGCGCGGCUGACCGCCGAGGCCAUGGAUCACCCUUACUUCUUCCCAAUUGUGAAAGAUCAGUCUCGUGUGGCCGGAGCCACACUGCCUGGUGGGAACACAGCUGUCAGCUCAGCCAGCAUGAUCACUGGUAUCUCUGCCUUGCCAGCCUCCACUCCCCUGGGCGCUCUCACUGGCUCGCCGGUCCUAUCUGUUGCCACCAACGUCCUGAGCACCCCGGUGCCCGCCGCCGCCCCACAGUGACGCCCCACCAAAAUCCUCACUCGCCCCCAGGCUCUCCCACCUCUGGGCAGGUGCUAAACGGGGUGCCACUCUGCCGGCCAUCACCACAUCCAACCUAACUUCGGUGCGACGACCAACCUCCCGUCUGAAGGAUGCCGUCGUCUUAAGAAAAGAACGAUUUAUCCUCCGUUCCUUUUCCUCCUCGAAUGAACUCGUUAACCUGACAUCUCAAAUGAAUGUUCUGUGUAAUUUGAAAUAUACAGGUAUUCCUUUCAUUAUUUCCCACAAGCCGUAGUGACUACAAAGAAGGGUGUGUGUGCGUGUGCGUGUGUGUUGAGUCUGAGAGCGAGUGCCAUCAGGGUGUGUGUUUUUUCAGUUUGGACUGUGAAGGCAGUGGUCAAAAAGUACAUCAGCUGAAGGUGAAAGAAUGCCGUUGGCUGUGAGGACCAAAAGGAGCUCCUCCUGUUUAGUUUACUACGGCAGCAUGGUCAAAAACCAGACCCGAUGACACUUACUCAGCCUCCUCACACGAGUCUAAACCCUCCAGAUCACAGCGUUUUGGAAGUGUUUGGUGCUGUUCUGUGUUCCAGGUGUAUGUGAACACGAUGACACUUCAACACUUUCUCUGCCCGAAUAGUUCUGUCUUGCCUUUUUCUUACCAAACCAGAUAACCGGUCUUCUUUUUUUAUAUGCGACUCUCCGUCAGCCGUCAUGAGUUUUUGUUUUGUGUCGAAAUGUCCCAGAGUGCUAGAUAAAAGGUUCGCCACCACCGAGCGGUUUGGAUCAACUCUAGUGUCGUACUCCUAUCUCUUUAAGGAGCCAGGUAAGGUUCAUUCAGGUUCUCAAAGAAAUGGUUUCUCAAACGUGCUGCUCUCCAGUUCCUUGAAUUACUUCAAGUGGCUUUUAUUGAAUGACUUCAAGACAUAACCAAAGUUUACUCAGUCGGUUGGAAGAUGAGACUGACCAAACCUAGAUUUGUUUUGUGGGAGUUACUCAUACUGUAAGGCAGGUUGACAACGUGGGUUCUAGGUCAUAAGAUGAGACGUGAUCCAAUUAUCACCUGCAGGUGACUGAAGUGCUGUCGGUGUUGGAGGGAAGUUCAGUUCUGUAAUGUGCAGUGUCAUGGGUGAGCUUUGUGAUGAGUAAGACUGGCUUCCCCCGACUCACUGAGGGUGUUAGUGGAGGUCAGUUGUUGAAUAGCACUUGAAGGUUAGAGUUCUCCACCGUGUUUUAGUGCCAGAGUUUGAAACUGUACGUUUUAGACCCUGCUCUGUACAUGCGCAUCUUUUUUUUCUUUUAUUUCUUUUCAAAACCUGAAAAAUGCAAAUAAAUCCAAACGUGUAUACAUUGACCUGAGAAUGGAGCAGUUUGAGUCCCUACAUCACUGUAUAUAUUUUUAUGUCCUUAUGUAGAAGACUAGUAUUUGAGAAUAUUUGUGUAAAUAAACACGUGUU